AUGAACCCUAACACCACUGGCAAAUCAUCAACUCGUUCCUCUUCUGGUUACCACCUAAAGGCUUUGGCCGAGAUUCGUAAUUCUUUGUUGCCUUUUGCAAAUAGCGGUGAGAAUGUUGGUUCGAGUGCUGCAAGCACCAUAUCAACUCUCUCCACAACUUCCGGCGUCAGCUCUGCUUCCGGUUUAAGCGGCUUGAGCGCCAGUUCUGGCUGCGUUGAUAAAGAACAGCUCAACGCCAUGGGGUACAGUGAGAAAGUUUGUGUCUUAGAUAGAUGA